CUACGCAAUAAUUGAUGACAAUUCAUUUAACCAAACGACCCCUACAUAUUCAAUCUCAAAUUACAGAUUUGGGCUUUUUCCAUCUUCUCGCUCUCAGUCAUCCAUCGUGUCUCCGGCUCUUCUUCACCUCUCUCUCUUCCCCCUAUUUCCAUUUUCCUACCCUCACAAACCCUAACCCUAACACCUUCCCCAGAAAAAUCCACCCUUUCAUCGCACGAUUCGCUAUUCUACCUUUCCUCCGCACAAUCAAUCACCAGCCGAUUCGAUUUGUACACCUCCUCAUUCCGAUUUGUUACAUCCUGAUUUGAAAUCCGCCCAUUUGUUUUCAUAGUUAUUGUUGUUUGUAAAAAACUUCCACUUUUAUCAGCCAUGGCCAGCUCGAAAUCACUAUGAUGACAACCAUCGGGUCCUUAGGGGUUUUCAUGUUUCUAGGGCACCAUCACAACCAAUUGCAUGGGUUUGAGCGAUGCCUGAGCUUCGUCGAGGUGUACGCAGAGGGCGCGCAGGGUUAGCGCCUCAUAAUAAACGACGAUCGGAGGAGCUUCCCUUUACGCCGGAUUGCGCAAGGACUCCCCGCACUGCUGUUGCCAGAGAGGUGCCGAGGACAAGAUUGCAGACGAGACGACUGAAGGAGAAGGAAGACCGGGAGAAGAAUAAGGAUAGAGAGGUAGACGACGACAAGGUAGUUGUGAUAUCGGAUAGAGAAGAAGAGAGCGGCGGGAAAGGCGAUAAUUUGGUUCCUAUUGUUGACCUUGAAGCAGAAGAAGAUAUUAAAGCUGGUGGGAUGGGUGACGACAGUGGUGGUCUGAGUGCUAAUAAUGCCGCUGGGCAGGAAGAAGAGGGAACUACUGUUCCUUUCCCUGAAAGGGUUCAAGUGGGAGGGUCACCUAUGUACAAGAUAGAAAGGAAGUUGGGCAAAGGUGGCUUCGGUCAAGUGUUUGUUGGUCGUCGUCUCAGCGGUGGAAAUGACCGUGGUGGGAUGGGCCCUGGUGCAACAGAGGUGGCUGUGAAAUUUGAGCACCGAAAUAGCAAAGGCUGUAACUAUGGUCCCCCUUAUGAAUGGCAAGUUUACAACACUCUUGGUGGUAGCUAUGGGGUGCCUAGAGUGCACUUCAAGGGAAGGCAUGGAGAUUAUUACGUAAUGGUUAUGGACAUGUUAGGGCCGAGCCUGUGGGAUGUUUGGAAUUCUUCUGGUCAAGCGAUGACCGCAGAAAUGGUAUCUUGUAUAGCAGUUGAGGCUCUUACCAUCCUCGAUAAAAUGCACGCACGUGGUUAUGUGCAUGGAGAUGUAAAACCAGAGAACUUCUUACUCGGUCAGCCUAAUACUCCACAGGAGAAGAAGCUAUUCCUUGUGGACUUGGGUUUAGCGACAAAGUGGAGAGAUAGUGGCAGUGGGGAGCAUGUCGAGUACGACCAACGUCCUGACAUGUUUAGGGGUACUGUGCGAUAUGCUAGUGUUCAUGCUCACCUUGGAAGGACUGCUAGUCGGAGGGAUGAUCUUGAAUCUCUUGCUUACACGCUCAUCUUCCUACAUCGAGGCAGAUUGCCAUGGCAAGGUUAUCAGGGCGAUAAUAAGUCUUUUCUAGUUUGCAAAAAGAAAAUGGCAACGUCUCCAGAGAUGCUAUGCUGCUUCUGUCCCCAACCCCUUAAACAAUUUCUCGAGAUCGUAGUCAAUUUGAAAUUUGAUGAGGAACCAAACUACUCCAAGCUUAUAUCUUUGUUUGAGGGCUUGUUAGGGCCAAACCCAGCUAUAAGGCCUAUAAACACAGAGGGCGCUCAAAAGAUUAUCUCUCAAGUUGGUCAGAAGCGUGGUAGGUUAAAUAUCGAGGAAGAUGAUGGGCAGCCACGAAAGAAGGUUCGCCUCGGAGUUCCUGCCACACAAUGGAUAUCAGUUUAUAAUGCGAGGCGACCUAUGAAACAGAGGUACCAUUACAAUGUGGCUGAUGGAAGGUUGGCACAGCAUGUGGAGAGAGGAAUUGCAGAUGGUCUUCUUAUAAGCUGUGUAGCAUCGUGUUCCAAUCUAUGGGCAUUGAUUAUGGAUGCAGGAACCGGUUUCACUAGUCAAGUUUACGAACUGUCCCCCUUCUUUUUACACAAGGAGUGGAUUAUGGAACAAUGGGAGAAGAACUACUAUAUUAGCUCAGUUGCUGGUGCAAAUAAUGGAAGCUCCCUAGUGGUCAUGUCCAAAGGGACUCAGUACACCCAACAGUCCUACAAGGUGAGCGAUUCAUUUCCCUUUAAGUGGAUCAACAAGAAAUGGAAAGAAGGAUUCCAUGUGACCUCAAUGGCCACUGCUGGAUCCCGCUGGGGUAUUGUCAUGUCUCGCAAUGCUGGUUUCAGUGAUCAGGUGACUAUCUUUACACUACACAUUGCAAUUUGUCUUGUAUGGGGUUUAACUUUUGCUUUCCAAAGGAAAAAUUAACAUGUGGUUUAUCAGGUAUUGUAUACGUAUUACUUCCCAUGGUUAAAGUAAACUUUAUUUUAUUUUAUUUUAUUUUAGAGCGAUGUGGCUGUCUAGGUACAGCCUUAAUACUCUGAAAUAUCUGGAUCCCGUUAUUGGUGCUCCAGUUUUUAGUCCAAAUAAUUGCCUUGGGCAAGUUGGAUGAUAGCCAGCCUUGGUCUUCGUACUACUUCUCUUAAUACUUCUCUUAUUAGUUAUCCUGUUUUGAGUCUAAAUCAUCACCUUGGGGAAGUUGAAUUAUAGACAGACUUGAUCUUCGUCUUACUUCUAUUAAUACCCCAAUAUCUUGAUUCUAUUAUUGUUUCUCCUAUUUUUGAUUCCAAAUCAUCGCCUUGGGCAAGUUGAAUGAUAUCAAUCCUUGGUCUUCCGUCCUGACAUGGAUUAACUGCUAUGUUUCAUUUUGUAUUUGAUUCAUCAAAUUUUGGAUCCUUGGGGAAUGUCUUUGCUUGGUGCAAUGGUAAAUUGUUGGCCAUGCAGCCAGUAAGGCUUAGAGGUUUGAGUCGUGGAGGGGCCCAUGUCCUGCAAUGAAGUCAAAGGUAUAGGACUGCUUAAGGCUCGCCCUCCCAAAACUCGAUUCCAUGAUGGAGCCUCUGAUUCUCCCUGGUUCAAGUGAUCGCCGGUCACUAAAGUGUUGGCAUUAGAUAGUGAGUUAUUUUCAGUGCCACUUUUGCGUGCUUUUUGGAAUAUCAAUCUUUGCUGAAGUUGCCUGAAACAUUAAAUGCAAAAUGGAUCUCAUACAAUAUUUGCAACAUUCUGUAUCAGGCUAUCAGCUACAUCCUCGAGGGCUAAGAUUUUUAAUCAGUUUCCUGUAUUCACUUUUUAGGUUUAAGGUUUCUGAUCAUGUGGUUUGUGUUCAUUUAACUGGACUGUCAUUGGACAUGCUAUAUUCAACAGGUUGUGGAGCUUGAUUUUUUAUAUCCAAGUGAAGGCAUACACAGGAGGUGGGACGGUGGUUUCAGAAUCACUUCAACGGCAGCUACUUCUGAUCAAGCUGCUCUUAUUUUGAGUGUCCCUAGACGCAGACCUAAUGAUGAAACUCAGGAGACUUUGCGAACGUCUCAAUUCCCAAGUACACACGUGAAGGAAAAAUGGGCAAAGAACCUCUACCUUGCGUGCCUCUGCUAUGGGCGGACUGUUUCAUGAGAUCCUAAACCCGCUGCUGUUGGAAAUAAACCAAGUUCGAGCAGGGGGGCUAUUGUCCUUGUUGUUCGGAUCGUCUGCCGGAGCUCUUUUAGUUUUGGGGGUUGCGUUACCCUGUUUGUAUAGGAUGAUGUAGGGUGUUCACAGGCUGCUGCGAUGCAACGGUGGGGUUAGUGAAGGAGAGCAAUUGGUUUAAGUGUGAUGUGCCCUGUAUGAUAGUGUUAUAUGUCAUUGCUCAAUUCCAGAAUAUGUAAUUUAGCUAUUGAAGAAGAUUUGUUAUGCACCCAGUUGGUUUCUGUAUGGUUGAGCUGCCACUUGAAAUGGCCACCUGAGGUUCUGCUACGGAGUUCACUUGUAAGACCGGAAGAGAAAAUAAUGCUAUCCUAUUGGAAGUUUACUUACUAUCCGUAAUGAACUUGCUUAUCUUAAAGGCCAUUCGGUAAUUUGAAAGAGGUACGUUUUUUUGUUGA